UGAAAUAUUACAAAUUUAUGUUUCAUUGCAGAAAAAGUGACAUUUUUGUUCUCUCAUCACACUCUCUGGAUCUCGGAAAGAGCUUUUGAGUUUGCAAAAAUAUCGUUCGGCUAGUGAUAACCGAUAAAACAAGUGCAAAAACAUUUGCUGGACCUCUAGAGGACAUUCCUCUUUGCUCAGUUCUGUAUUAGUGGAUCCAACAUUGCAUUUCUGAUUUUGAAUAUGUAUGGGAGGAAAGCUUGCCAACUUGUGAAAGAAUUUGCAAGUGGAGAGAAAGGCCAACUUGCACCAUUCAAUAGUGACUUGUUUGAACAAGUGGUUGCAGAAUGCAGUCAACAUCAUCUUGAGCUUCAGUCCUUGAUAAGGAAGAUACAGGAAGAAGGUUUGGAUGUCCAAACGGCUAGAAAUGCAGAUCACUAUGGAGCUCUCAUCCACCAUCUUUCUUUAGUCCGAAAUAAACGUUGCCUAAUGGCCUAUGUGUAUAAUCGUGCAGAAAUUAUGCGAAGCUUGCUAUGGAAGAUAGGGCAUGUGCUUCCUCAAGAAGUUGAAGAGAAGCUUUGCCAUUCAGAGGAAGAGUAUUUUAAGAAGCAUUCUGCAGCAUUGAAAUCUUAUAUGUCAAAACUGCUGGUUGAUCUGACUGUGGAUAUGGUACCGCCAAAAGAUCCUUACAUCCAAGUAAGGGUUCUUGAUGACAUUGGAGAAGGAAUUGUGCUUAGUGAUAAUAAGACUGCCAAUUUUGCCCGCCAUUCAAUGCACUUCCUGAAGCGAACUGAUGCGGAGCAAUUUAUCUCACGGGGUCUAAUGGAGGAGCUCACGGGUUGACCUGCUAGGCAAUUAUCUUGAAGAUCUGUAGAUGAGAAAGACUGACUGGGAAUUUGAUACUGAUUAUGUAAUAUAAUUUUUCACACUUUGUUAAAUGACUUUUUUAAUCAAUAAUUUC